AUGCCGCUUCCCGAACCAGAUACAGACGUACAUGAGAAUAUUCUCGAGGUGGACGAUGAGGACGGCGAGUCGGCGGAGCCACACUAUGCUGCCAGCGUAUACCCCGUGAUUCCAGUUCGCUAUCGCGUCGAGAGAUUUGACGCAGCGACCAUAAACUCUUCUUCUCGUUCUCUUUACGAAGAAGAACUCGACUACGUCAUGGAAAACGGCCGCCGCUACUGCGGCGACUACAUGUUCCCAAAUGAUGACCUGGAACAGGACCGUCUGCGCGUUGUCCAUCAAGUGUUUUUGAAUGUGUUUAACUUCGAGCUCACAUCCGUACCGCUCCAAGAUCCCAGACAUAUUCUUGAUAUCGGUACUGGGACUGGCGAGUGGGCAAUCGGUAUGGCCGAGCUGUAUCCUACAUGCGAGGUCGUUGGCGUGGACAUCUCAGCUAUCCAGCCCACAGCUGUGCCUCAUAAUGUGUUUUUUGAGAUUGACGAUUGUGAGGUUGAAUGGAUGCGCCCCGAAAACACUGUGGAUCUCAUUCAUCUGCGAGAUAUGGCAGGCGCCUUUGAGGAUUGGGAUUUCAUUUUCCGCGAGGCGCUUAAUUGCCUGAAGCCUGGGGGUCAUAUCGAGGCCCUUGACUUUCACGACCAGACAGGCCAGACACACCAUUUCCUCUCUGCUUUCCCCGCCGACGCCCAGAUACACUCCUUUGCCCGCGCUAUCGACGAAGCUUCUAUCAAAGCAGGUCGGCGUCGUGGCACACACCACCUGACGGCCGAUCGUCUUGAACGCUUGGGCUUCGUCGAUGUCAAGAUUUCCGAGCACGCCAUUCCGCUGAACGCCCACAACGACUCUGUCGCCAAGAUGUGGCUCAUUGCCUGUUUACAUACGGUCGAAGCUGGUUCAUUGCGCCUUCUCACAAAAUAUCUCGACUGGGACCCUGCUCAUGCUUUGGAAGCAUGCGAGGAGGUCUGCCAGGAGAUCAAGGCUAAAGCCUUAGACCGCUCCGCACCACCCAACAGCCUACAGAUCUCGCUUCGCGUCCUGACCGCCCGGAAACCCACUGCGGAAGACCUGGCUCAUCUGAAGAGCAGCAACGAAGCAAGGCCGUCUACCGCCAACCCAAGUGCCAAGAAUGGCAUUGUUGUCGACGAUAGCUACAGCGGAUACGGAAGCACCAUCGGUGCAUAG